CGGAGAGCGCUCGGAGGCGGCGGGCCACCGCGCCGGGGCGGCGCGCGCGGUCUUGGUUGCCACAGAAACAACGAGUGUCUUGGCUGAAUCUUCAAGCAGAGGCAGUCAUUAUGACCCUGCUUUUUAAGUUGACCUACCAGACCAGCCCACUUGCUGUAAAAGAAGAAUCGGCCGAAGGGAGGGCCUUCAGGACCUCCACAGGAGUGUGAGCAGCAGCACUGCCUCAGCAACAAAGCCUCAGGUCCACAUCGGGAAGAACAUGGCCACUUCCUGGGGGGCCAUCUUCAUGCUGAUCAUAGCCUGCGUUGGCAGCACUGUCUUCUACAGAGAACAACAGACUUGGUUUGAGGGUGUCUUCUUGUCUUCCAUGUGCCCCAUUAAUGUCAGUGCCGGCACCUUUUAUGGAAUUAUGUUUGAUGCGGGCAGCACUGGAACUCGGAUUCAUGUUUACACUUUUGUGCAGAAAACAGCAGGACAGCUCCCGUUUCUGGAAGGUGAAAUUUUUGAGUCUGUGAAGCCAGGACUUUCUGCUUUUGUGGAUCAACCCAAACAGGGUGCUGAGACCGUUCAGGAGCUCUUGGAGAUAGCCAAAGACUCAAUCCCCAGAAGUCACUGGGAGAGGACCCCAGUGGUUCUGAAAGCAACAGCCGGACUGCGUCUGCUGCCAGAGCAGAAAGCCCAGGCUCUGCUCUUGGAGGUAGAGGAGAUCUUCAAGAAUUCACCUUUCCUGGUCCCAGAUGACAGUGUUAGCAUCAUGGAUGGGUCCUAUGAAGGCUUACUAGCUUGGGUGACGGUGAACUUUCUAACAGGUCAGCUGCAUGGCCGUGGCCAGGAAACUGUGGGGACCCUUGACCUGGGGGGUGCCUCCACCCAAAUCACGUUUCUACCCCAGUUUGAGAAAACCCUGGAACAAACACCUAGGGGCUACCUCACUUCCUUUGAGAUGUUUAACAGCACGUUUAAGCUCUAUACACAUAGUUACUUGGGAUUUGGACUGAAAGCUGCAAGACUGGCAACUCUGGGAGCCCUGGAAGCAGAAGGGACUGCUGGACGUACGUUCCGAAGCGCCUGUUUACCAAGAUGGUUGGAAGCAGAGUGGAUCUUUGGGGGUGUGAAAUACCAGUACGGUGGUAACCAAGAAGGGGAGAUGGGCUUUGAACCCUGCUAUGCAGAAGUACUGAGGGUAGUACAAGGAAAACUUCAUCAGCCGGAAGAGAUUCGAGGGAGCUCCUUUUAUGCUUUCUCCUACUAUUAUGAUCGAGCUGUCGAUACGGACUUGAUUGAUUAUGAAAAGGGCGGUGUUUUAAAAGUUGAAGAUUUUGAAAGAAAAGCCAGAGAAGUGUGUGACAACUUGGAGAGCUUUUCCUCGGGCAGCCCUUUCCUCUGCAUGGAUCUCAGUUACAUCACAGCCUUACUGAAAGAUGGCUUCGGCUUUGCCGAUGGCACCCUCUUACAGCUCACAAAGAAAGUGAACAACAUAGAGACUGGUUGGGCCUUGGGGGCCACCUUUCACCUGCUCCAGUCUCUGGGCAUCACCAGCUGAGGCCGAGCUCGUCCUCUGAAGCCUGCAUUUCCGAACAAUUUUUUUACAGGAAGGUGUGGACUCGAACAUUUUCUGACCUUCUCUGGGAAAAGCCUGGACCGAAACCUGUUAACUGGCUUUAUAAGGAAAGAUUUUAUAGAUGAGUCUUGCCCUUGAGCCUAGUGAUUUGGGCUUAAAUAAUUUGCAUAUCUAAUGUGAAUGGCUCCUAACCACAUGGGUGCAUGGCUGGCACCAGAGUGUAAAUCUUUUGAAAUUCUUUGUAUGUUACAGAGUCCUGCAAAGAAAAACAAAGGUUUAGAACUCCAUGUUAGAUCCUGAGUUCAGAGACAGGUCCUGGGAACCAAAGAAUAAUCUUGUUUCACCCUUGGAUGCUUCAUGGCUUUGAAUGGUUUCUUUUUUUUUUUCUUUUUUUUCUUUUUUUUUUUUGUUUAUAAGCUAAAUUAAGCUGAUUUACUUAAAUCCCAUAAACUAUCAAUACUGGUAAUUUUUUUCUUCCUCCCCUUAUAGUCCCUACCCUAAAAGCCUGGGGGAAAUACCUGGUUUUGCUUCCCAUCUAUAAUUGAAAGAGAGAGGGGAAAAGAUACUGUAUUAGAAUUUGUGUGAUCCUGUGGCAUAAUACAUCAACCAACCAAUUUAGAGCUUAGAGUUGUCCUAAGUAUUUUAUUUUUAGACAAGGGCCAUGUUGUGUUGUUCAGGCUGGCCUGGAACUCAGUAUGUAACCCAGGUUGCCUUGAAUUAUCAAUUCUCUUGCCUCAGCCUCCUGAACCUUGGGAUUACAGGAGUGAGCUAUUAUGCUCAUGUCAUGGUCAAUCUUAGCAAGAUGGAGAGUGUAGCUCUUAACUGCCUGAAGUUAGAGCUAUAAGCAAGGAGACCAUUGGGUCUCAAGGGAUAGCCAUUGCCACUCUAGACUUAGUGAACAUUCAGCCCUAGAGAUGUGUGCCUAUCCAGUGCCAGCACUGCCUCCCAAGCCAGUGUGUUUAUAGAAUUAAACACAGCCCUAAACUGUGUACCUUUGUAUUUCUGUGAAGUACAACCGUACCCUUGUUUUUGCUCUGCAGUUAGAAGUUAGUGUGUGAGCUAUUUGUGUCUGAAGACUACCAAUGCUUUCAGUUGUCCUUUUGGGAACUGAGGUGUGAAAAGUGCUGGGAAUUGAACCCAGGACUUCUUGAAUGUUAAGCACAAUGUGCUAGCACUAUGCUUUUAUAGUAGUGCAUUCCUGCCUAGGCCCUUGCUGAAUUUAGCUAUUUUCUGAAUUUUUUUUUGUCUAGCUCAGGAUUUCAGAUCCCCUUUCCAGUGAUACCCAAAUUUGAUUUGAUUGACUAUUUUGGUCCAUGUUGGUACAGGUCAGGACAAUGAGUAACAUUAGAGAACCAUGAUUUCUCUCUCAAGACAUCUUCUGUGUGGUUGAACACAGGUCAUGCAUGCGAGAGGCACAGGUGCUUGCAUUAUUUAACCCUUUAAAGUCAUUAAAGAUUUUAAACUUCUGCCACCAUGUCAUUUCUGGUAUGACAUCAUUGGCCUGAGGGUCUCCUAUUGCUUGGCUCCUGUCACAGCACUUUACCCUUCCUCUUCUUCUUCCAGAAGUUUCCGUCUCCCCUAACGUAAUUUUUGGUCACCCCUUUUCCUUCUGCUCUUCACAAAGGGUGUGGCCAUGCCCGGGCCCACAGUAGUCCCUGGGGAGCCUUGGUUUUUAAGUCAUUAUGUUGCAUCAAUCAUGUAAAGAAAGAGAAAAGUAUUAGGCCAGCCAUAGGCCACUAAAUGCUCUCACAGUUGAGAGAAACUGAGCUGUUUCUCCAAGAGUAAGCUGUGCUCAUUAAAGAUGCCCAUAUAACAGACCUCAUGGCACAGGCCUAUAAUGCUAGCUACCUUGGAGCUGAGGCAGGAAGAUUGCAAGUUAUAGGCUUGCUACAUAACCAGUUUGAGUCUACUCUGGGCCACUCAGUGCAAUACUCAACAAAUUUUAAAAAGGAUGUCAUAAGACAGCAUUUGGUGGCAAAGCUAUUUGGCAUGUCAGGCCCUAAAUUCAGCCCCAGCUCUGAAAGCAGAGCCAACAACUCGUGCUCUGUACACAGGUGGUCUCUGACGCCUUGGACAUAGGGACCCUAGCUAUAAAGUGCAUAUGUUUCCACAGACACCUAUGGUUACCUUGGAUACUGCCAGAACUCCUAAAUACAUGAACUUUGACCUCAGAAAUUUAUCUGCAUAUAUCUUCAAUUUUUUUUCUAUUUUUGGAGACAGGGUUUCUCUGUAGCCUUGGCUGUCCUAGAACUCACUCUGUAGAUCAGGCUGGCCUCUGCCUCUCUAGUAUUAGGAUGAAAAGUGUGCACCACCUUCACCCAGUAACACGGGUCUUUUUUAUUAAGGGGCUUCUAUGUGUUCUUAAGUUUCACCUCUGUGAAAACAUUAAUAUAUUUUAAAUACCGGGGAUGUGGUCUGGCACAUGGUGGAUGCUGUGUGUGUUAUCACUACUAGAUGAAGAACAUCUGAGUCAUGGAAGUCCUUGAAAAGUGUGCCUUAAAUUCUCACCUUUGUAACUUUUUUUCAUACAUUGAAGUCAGUAUUCUUAUGAAGGCUCCCGUAUUGAAAAAAGCCACCUUGUCCCGAGAGGCUCUGGCCAUCGUUUUUCCAGCAGCUGCCCUCUUUUAUUCUGGAAACGUUUUCUGGGUUUACUAACAUUACUUUGUACUAAGUUUUCCACAUUACUUAAAAAGCUCCUCUGUAGCAACAGCUGUCUCAUCCCUUAAAAGCUAUUCCAAAACAAUUUAGCUUAUUUUCUUACUUCACCUUUCAAAAUAAACUGCUGGGUAUGGCA